UUGGCUUUAUUUUGUUUUGAAGAUGACGAGGAAGAAGGUGAAGCUGGCCUUCAUCACCAACGACUCAGCUCGAAAGGCGACGCUGAAGAAGCGGAAGAAGGGGCUGAUCAAGAAGGUGAGCGAGCUGAGCACGCUGUGCGGGAUCGACGCCUGCGCGAUAAUUUACAGCCCGUACGAGAACCAGCCGGAGGUGUGGCCGAGCACGGCGGGGGCGCAGAGGGUGGUGGCACAGUUCAAGCGGAUGCCGGAGAUGGAGCAGAGCAAGAAGAUGGUGAACCAGGAGGGGUUUAUCCGGCAGAGGAUCGCCAAGGCGAGCGAGCAGCUGAAGAAGCAGCACAAGGAGAACAGGGAGAAGGAGAUAACCGAGGUGAUGUUCCAGUGCUUGACGGGGAAAGGGCUGCACAGCUUGAUCCUCACGGACCUCAACGAUCUCGCCUGGCUCAUUGAUCAGAACCUCAAGGAGAUCAACAAGAGGAUUGAGGAUCUCCAGAAGGCUGCUCCGGUGGCCGCGCCGCAGGAGGCGGGGAUAGAUUUGGGGCAAAGGCCGCCGCAGUGGUUCGCGGACUGGAUGAUGAGUAACAACCAGCAAAUGGGGUUUGAGCAUGGCGGCGGAGCUACAGAGGAGAUGAUCAUGCCACCUUUCAACGACAAUCAUCACCCCAUUCCUAUGUGGCCGGCAACUGGUGGCGCCUUCUUUCCUUAAUUCAGAUCAU